CUGAUUAUUAUUAUGAAAAACCUUAAAAGACAGCAGAACAGUAAUAGACAAGCCAUUUUGAAAUGAAUUUAAUGUUAUUAUCGACAUCAACAAGUAUUGUUAUUGUGCAGUAGAUGUUGUUAAUCAAAAUUAUAGCCGUGAAGAUUAGAAUCAAGUAGUUGAAGUUUUGUUACGUGAUUACAAAUACAGAACAAAAUUAAACGUUUCGUUAAAAGAAAAAUAGGAUGAAUCGUACUGACGGUUUAGUUCAAAGACGAAGAGUAGUUAAUAGUGGUAAUACUAUAGGUCAGGAUGGAAAUUCUGAUCCUAAUGGAGUUUACAAUGAUCAGUCAUCUGGCCACGCACCUGACGUUGAGGGUAAUUCAUUGAAAGAUUUUAAUUCCAACCCAACUGUCGAUGAAGAUUCAGACAAAGAGACCAGAUUAACGUUAAUGGAAGAAGUUUUGUUGCUUGGAUUGAAAGAUAAAGAGGGUUAUACUUCAUUUUGGAAUGACUGUAUAAGUUCUGGACUGAGAGGUUGCAUAUUAGCAGAAUUAGGUCUCCGCGGCAGAGUCGAAUUGGAAAAAGCUGGAAUGCGAAAACGUGGUUUGUUAGCUAGAAAAUUAUUAGUAAAAAAUGAUGCUCCUACUGGAGAUGUACUAUUGGAUGAAGCUUUGAAACAUUUGAAAGAAUAUGAACCACCGGAACCAGUUCAAAGUUGGAUUGAAUACUUGAGCGGAGAAACAUGGAAUCCCUUAAAACUGAGGUAUCAAUUAAAAAAUGUUAGAGAACGAUUGGCUAAAAACUUAGUUGAAAAGGGUGUUCUCACAACAGAGAAACAAAAUUUUUUAUUAUUUGAUAUGACCACACACCCAUUGACUGACAAUUUAGCUAAAACUCGACUUGUUAAAAAGAUACAAGAAGCUGUUUUAUGUCGUUGGGUAAAUGAUGCCAGUCGAAUGGAUAGAAGAAUUCUCGCACUUGUUUUCCUAGCGCACGCUGCAGAUGUAUUAGAAAAUGCAUUUGCACCUCUAUCAGAUGAUGAUUAUGAAGUAGCUAUGCUUCGUGUUAGAAAAUUAUUAGAACUUGAUUUUGAAGCAGAAGCCAAUAAACCCAAUGCAAAUCAAGUUUUAUGGGCAGUAUUUGCUGCAUUUACAAAGUAACAUUAUACUAUAAAUAAUAAAUAUGAGGAUUCUACUCUAAACGUGACAUAAAUCACGAUUAAGUGGUUAAAGCUAUUAUAAUUGUACUACUUUCAAUGGAAUAAUUCUUCCACAAUGAUUCAUCUUCCCAACACUUGCUGGCAAGAAAUUAAGCAAAAAAGAUGAUGGUGAAACAUUUCAUAUGGAAUUUUUUCUUUUUUGAGCUACAAAGUAAUGUUGAGGAAAUUUUAAGUCUAUUUAUUGUAAGAUGUCGAUUGAAAAA